AUGACAACUAAUGAGCCGAUAGGUCAGGCUACUGACUCAGAAUCUGAAAUAGAACUCAAGAAGUUAGUGGAAACUGAAGAAAAGAAAUAUGGAGGUAUAGAUCAAGAGCAGCAGGAGUUCAACCUGCUAUCAAAAGACCAUAAACUAGAUCGAUUGAAUAAUUUGAUUCAAAAGUCACAAAUCUAUUCGCAGAUCAUAGCUGAAAAUAUUCUUCAAACGACAUUGGAGAAAAAGCAACAGGUUCAACAACAGCCAACUCCAGAAGAAACUCCAACCAAGAAGAGACGUGUAUCAAAGACUACGCCAAGGAAGGGACUGCGGCAGCAUGAUAUAACGAAAAUGCUAUCUACAAAGAUAUCUGGAGAAACGAAGUCGACUAUGAAGGCAAUUGACAAUUCACAAUCAUCUGAGAUUACUACCAAACAGCCUGAUUUGAUCUCUGGAGGAACUCUAAAGGAUUAUCAAUUGGAUGGUCUACAAUGGCUAAUUACUCUAUACGAAAAUGGACUAAAUGGAAUACUUGCUGACGAAAUGGGUUUAGGUAAAACCCUCCAAUGCAUUUCCUUCCUCAGUUUCUUGAUUGAGAAUGGAAUUCCCGGACCUUUCCUCGUUGUUGUUCCCCUUUCAACGAUGACAAAUUGGUUCAAUGAGAUCAGGAAAUUUGCUCCUCGUGUUAACGUCUACAAACACAGUGGAACUAAGUCGAACAGAAACAAAAUCAACUUGCAGAGUGUUAUUGCAAAGAAUAAAAUUAAUAUUGUCAUAACUUCGUAUGAAAUAUCCAUCAAAGAUUUUGCCAAGCUUAACUCAAUUAAUUGGAAAUAUCUAAUUGUUGAUGAGGGACAUCGUUUGAAGAAUAGCGAAUGUGUAUUAAUUAAAUUUCUAAAGAAGUUAAAUGUUUCCAAUCGUCUUUUGAUAACGGGGACACCAUUACAAAACAACUUAAAUGAAUUAUGGUCCUUGCUAAAUUUUAUUUUGCCAGAUAUUUUCCAUGACUUGGAACUUUUUCAACAGUGGUUCAAUUUUGAUGAAUUAACUAACUUUGCCGAAGGUAAAGAGAAUGAAGAAGAUGAAGAAAUGAAGAGAGUCAUCAAGUUGAACAUUCAGGAGAACUUAAUUAAGAAUUUGCAUACAAUUCUUAAACCUUUCCUCUUAAGAAGACUUAAGAGAGAUGUGAUUAGAGAUUUACCCCCAAAGAAAGAGUAUUUGAUUCAUAUUCCACUCUCCAGGUUGCAGAAGAAAUUGUAUUCUGAUGCUAUGGAUAGCAAAUUGUUUGAUAGUUUGGUGCAAGAGAACCUUAAACAAUUUUUGUAUUAUAAUCACAGAGACCUUUUUGCUAACCAAAAAGAUUUGCAAUUGGUUGACAGUUUCUUAUGCGAAAAGUACAUGCAAGGAGAAGAUAAGGUUAAAUCAAAGCAGAACUAUCGUGAGACAGAGUCUGAUGAUGAGUUCGAAAUCAGCGAAACUAAAGAAUCUGCUUCAGAAUCACCAGAUGAAAUUAUUUAUGAGGAUGUCCUUGAACAAUUAAAAAGUAGGAUCCCGAAGAGUAAGAAAAGAUUGAUGUUGCUUCAAGUAUUGCACAAGAAGAUACGUCGUGAAAUUCGCGGCUUAUCAUUGCAGAACCUGAUGAUGCAAUUAAGAAAUAUUUGCAAUUCACCCUAUAUUUACUUUGAGCCAUUCCCAAUAAAGGAUAGUACCUCCCAUGAGAAAAAGUUUAUGGACAUUUUGGUACAGAAUUCGAGCAAAAUUCAAGUAUUGCAACAACUUUGCUUUCCCUUGAUAGAAGCCAACCAUAAGAUUCUUAUUUUCUCACAGUUCACGAAAUUGUUAGACUUGUUGCAUGACUGGUUUAACUACCAGAAUAUCAAAAUCUGCAGAUUGGACGGAAGUACUUCACAGGCAGUUAGAGAUGAGCAGAUUACACAGUUCAACAGCGACAAAGAUACUAAAGUAUUUCUCCUUUCAACUAGAGCAGGUGGGCUUGGUAUCAAUUUGACCGCUGCAGACACGGUAAUACUAUUUGACAACGAUUGGAACCCACAAAUGGACUUACAAGCUAUUGACAGAGUUCACAGAAUUGGCCAGACGAACCCCGUUAAAGUAUUUCGAUUUUUGAUAAGAGAUUCGAUUGAAGAGCUUUUAAUUAGCAGCUCAUGUUCGAAAAGAUUUUUGGAAACCCUAGUUAUACAAAUGGGUGAAUUUAAAUUUAGUAAGUUAAAACAAUUAAUCGACCACGACGGCUUGAAUUCAGACUUAAAAGUCAAGCAGAUUAUGGAAGUUUCUAAAGCAAUAUUCAGCUCUCACAAGGAAGAAUCUACCCUAAGCGAUACUGGCGGGGCAGAUGAUGAUAUGUACAAGACAACAAAGAGUGAAGAUCUAUUGACCACUGAGGAAAUGGAAGAGUUGUUGGAUAGAAGGCAGGAGUGUUAUAGGUUAGAUUCUGGUUCUCAAUUUCUGCAUAUUUCAGUAUUUGAGACCGUGAAUAACAUGGACAAAUGA